AUCCCACUCGGGCCAAGCCACACACAACCAUCUCUUUAGAAUGACCAAUGGGAACCGAGACAGUUCUGCUCCAAUCAAAAGUAUGGAAAUUGUACUUAGAAUUUGCAUAUUAUAUUUAUUAUAAAAUGAUUACGUGCUACGAACUCCCCCAGUUACUUAUUGGAAUAAUACAAAAUAAGAAACAUAUAAGCCAUCAGGUAAAGUAGCCGAAAGAGUUGUCAAAAACAUGACACGUUACGUUAAAGGCUUUUAAUGCUUUACACUGAAUAACAAUGCGGAAAUGCAAUAAGGAUACGAGCACUUGAUACAGUGCGUUAUCUAUAUUUAUUUAUUAAAACGUUUGCCUUUAUCGUUCUUUCGACUCGAAGGAGAAUAAUAAGCUAUAAAAGAAAAGCUGAAGACCAUCCUUACCCCCUCGUCAUAUUACGUCAGUGCACCUACCCUACAGUGUAGCUGGGGAAACGUGGUUUCAACAAGGUCCGCUCUCAGGCUAUCUUUAGUGCAGUCUUCUCUGCUUGACAACACAUUUCUGUCCGUGUUUCCUGAAGCCUUGAACGUUAUCAUGUCCGGUCGAGGAAAAGGCGGCAAGGGGCUUGGGAAAGGUGGCGCAAAACGUCACCGUAAAGUUCUCAGAGAUAAUAUUCAGGGAAUUACUAAACCAGCUAUACGCCGUUUAGCGCGCCGUGGUGGUGUUAAGCGUAUAUCGGGUCUUAUAUACGAGGAAACUCGAGGCGUACUGAAAGUUUUCCUAGAGAAUGUCAUUCGUGACGCUGUGACCUACACAGAACACGCCAAGCGCAAGACGGUGACCGCUAUGGACGUAGUGUACGCUCUAAAGCGUCAAGGACGUACGCUGUACGGUUUUGGUGGUUAAAUAUCAUCCGGACGGUUCAUUUGGUAAACAAAGGCUCUUUUCAGAGCCGCCCAAAUAUUCGUUUGAAAAGAGCAAAUUUGAAAAUAAAUCCUUUCUAUAGUUUAUUUUAGGCUAUAGUUUGUGAAUUGUCGAAGGCAAACCUUUUAUGGUUUUUAUGUGGUUUCUUUAUUAUAUUUAACACAAUAUAAUAUUCAUACAAUGCCUUCAUUUUAAACAUAUAAUAUGCCUAAUAUUUCCACACACCGAUGUAUACAGUUUCAAUAUAGAAUAUACGUUUAAAAAAGUAGCUACAAUGUUUCUUCACAGAGAUGCCAUAUAAGAACCAUUAUGGUAACCCCCUUUACAGAUCCACUCAGCCAAAAAUGGUUCUUCUAUGCCGGGGCCCCUCAUUGUUUUCAUCAAUAUUCAAAGCUCCCCUCUCACUAUCCUGUAAAAUAAGAGCUUAGCAUUAACAUUCAUCAGCCAAUUAAUAAUUAUGAUUUGUGUUUAGCUUAGGUAAAUGUAUUUCAAUGCUUAUUAUGUCUUAUUUAAAAAAUAGUCAUCUUUAGGCUCCUUUAAAAGUCAACUGGGGCACCCUGUUGAAAACCACUUUUUAUGUGUUGCUGAGAAGCACUCUUAAGAUUGUAGCAGAUUCUAACAAUAAAAAGGAUCAAUGAUCAGCAGUAUAAAUUAUAAAGAUUGAUUCACUGUGUUAUGAUUUACAAUCUUACUUAUCACCUGUAAUAAAUGUAACAAUCUAGCACUGAUUAUGUUCACAUUGCAUAGACAGAGGGGAACUGCAGCACACACAUCCAAGUGAAAAGUUUUUCUACAGACAUUAUGGCCCAGUUUCACAGACGCUUAAGGCUAGUCCCAGACUAAAAUGAAUGUGUGACCUGUCUUAAGUGAAUAUAACUUGCCCAGAAAUAUCUUUAAAAAUAUCAGUGGCAUUGUUUUGUUUCAAGAUGCACAGCAGUAAUGUAUUCUUCUAAGGCAUUUUUAUAAAAGCGACACAAAUAUCUUAAUUCAACUAAGGCGUCCUGUAUCCAUAGCUAAGCCGUGUCUGUGAAACCAGGCCUAUGUUUGUUCACUGAGGAACUAACAAAUUUGGUAAGCCUUUUUUAAACCUAAUAAACAUAUAAAAUAUAACUGCUCUAUUAAGACUGCGAUAGGUAAUACUGUGAGAAGCACUAACGUUAUAUAAAUGAAGUAUGCACAUUCAAGUCUUGCUGUAUAAAUAUCAUGGACUUAUGGUUGCUCAGAUCUCUACAGUUUUUUGUAUUUAAAAAAGCGUUAAAUGAAACGCAACAAAAUGAAUGAAAAGCAACAGUUAAACUAGUAGACCUACUCUUAUUUUAGAUUUUGUGACUUGAUAACUGUUUACUCAUAAACUAACCUCUCAGAUUUUGCCUCAUUGUUAUAAGUCAUAUAAAGCUCUUCACACAAUGUUCAAACCUGGU